GCAUUUGGUAGGUGGCGGAAAGAAAGGAGGUGUUUGGUUGGUGGCGACCCAGAACGAAAAGAGGAAGGGUUAGGUGGGUGUUUAUAUUGCUAUUCGAUUUCACUAGCCUCGAGCGAAUACGAGGGAGAAAGCAGGGAUAUCGAGAUGGCCCAUACGACAAUGGCGAAGGGCAUUUCCUCUUACCCCUGGCUUUCACCUUCGCCGCGUUUCUCUCCGUCGCAUCGACGGGCACUCCUUUCCUCUUCAAUCAGGCUAGGCUGCGUGACCGACUGGAAUGGCUUCUCCGCUUUUAGAACAGUAGACAGCCGGAGGCCAUAUGGCCUUGUUAAAGCCUCGCCGAUGAGAUCACUUGGGAUUUCGGCCUCUGUUGCGACGGCAACAGAGAAGCCUCCGACGGUGCCAGAGAUCGUGCUACAGCCUAUCAGGGAGAUUUCCGGUAUUGUUAAGCUUCCUGGAUCAAAGUCGCUGUCCAAUCGGAUCCUCCUCCUUGCAGCGCUAUCGGAGGGAACUACUGUUGUAGACAACUUAUUGGACAGUGACGAUGUUCAAUAUAUGCUUGCAGCUCUCAAAACCCUUGGUCUUUCUGUAGAGGAUGAUCCUUUGGCCAAAAGUGCAACUGUUGUUGGAUCCGGAGGCCUAUUUCCUAUUGGAAAAGAUUCCAAAGAAGAGGUUCAGCUUUUCCUGGGCAAUGCAGGAACUGCAAUGCGCCCUUUGACAGCAGCUGUAACAGCAGCUGGAGGAAAUGCAAGCUAUGUGUUAGAUGGUGUUCCACGAAUGAGGGAGAGACCUAUAGGGGAUUUGGUUGAUGGGUUGAAGCAACUGGGCGCAGAUGUUGAUUGUUUCUUGGGCACCAAGUGCCCGCCGGUUCGUGUUAAUGCUGGGGGAGGCCUUCCAGGGGGCAAGGUUAAGCUGUCUGGAUCUAUUAGCAGCCAAUAUUUAACAGCAUUGCUCAUGGCAUCUCCCCUUGCCAUUGGAGAGGUGGAAAUUGAGAUUAUUGAUAAGCUAAUCUCUAUCCCAUAUGUUGAAAUGACUCUGAAAUUGAUGGAGCGCUUUGGCGUCACCGUAGAGCAUUCUAGUUCCUGGGAUAGAUUCUUCAUCAAAGGUGGUCAGACAUACAGAUCGCCUGGAAAUGCUUUUGUUGAGGGGGAUGCAUCGAGUGCUAGUUAUUUCUUGGCCGGUGCAGCAGUCACAGGUGGAACUGUGACUGUGGAAGGCUGUGGCACAAGCAGCUUGCAGGGCGAUGUUAAGUUUGCUGAGGUGCUUGAGAAAAUGGGGGCGAAGGUUUCUUGGACCGAAAAUAGUGUCACUGUUACCGGUCCUCCUAGAGAUCCUUUCAAAAGGAGAAACUUGCGAGCCGUUGAUGUGAACAUGAACAAAAUGCCUGAUGUUGCCAUGACCCUGGCUGUGGUAGCUCUGUUUGCUGAUGGCCCAACGGCCAUAAGGGAUGUUGCGUCCUGGAGAGUGAAGGAAACUGAAAGGAUGAUAGCCAUUUGCACAGAGCUGAGAAAGCUGGGAGCUACAGUAGAGGAAGGUCCAGACUACUGCAUCAUCUCUCCGCCCGAGAAAUUGAAUGUGGCUGCCAUUGACACGUAUGAUGAUCACAGGAUGGCCAUGGCUUUCUCCAUUGCUGCCUGCACUGAUGUUCCUGUGACCAUCAAGGAUCCAGGCUGCACUCGAAAGACCUUCCCAGAUUAUUUUGAUGUUUUGAAGAGGUUUACGAAGAAUUAAUCACAGGAUAACAUUGUUGGAUUAGUGUUUGCUGUCUAAGGAAAAUAGCCGUUGUAAGUUCAUGUAGACAUCCAGAUUCCAAGGAUGUCUUUCUGUAAGAGCGAUCUUUAUAUUUAUUUUAUAACCAUUAUUAUUAUUUUGUGGAGUCCUCGCAUUGCAUUGUUCUUUAAAGAGGAAGUUGCCUGGAAAAGAAUACUUUACUGCAGAGAGGUGGAAAGAAAAAGGAUCACACAUGUAGAAAUGCUGAGUUAUUAUUAUUUUUUAUUUUUAUUAGCUUUCAGAUAAC